AACGAAGUUUAACGAGAAUUUCCGAGAGGAUUUUCCAGAAUGACGCCAUAUGCAAGGAUAGCACAAUGUGAAUGUCACAACUUUUCUUCAAAUUAGAGCUUAUUGGCUGUGUUCAUACAAUAGACCAUAUUUACCAUUUGAAGCUGUAACCAAUUACCACCAUGGCUUGUAUUCAUUACAAGUUUAAGAAUAGUUUGGACUUUGAUUCCAUCACUUUUGAUGGCUUACAUAUUUCUGUAAGAGAUCUAAAGGAAUCCAUCAUGCACAGAAAGAAGUUAAAUGAUACAGAUAUGGAUUUGCUCAUCAUAAAUGCAUUGAAUGCUAAAGCUUACAAAGAUGAAGAUGAAAUGAUUCCAAAGAAUGCCUCAGUGAUUGUAGCCAGGAUACCUAAAUCUGAUGCUCCAAAAUCAAAAGGACCUAAAACUUUGAAGGCAUAUAUAGAAGAUCCAAAGCCACAACCGCAAGUCAAGUUACCAGAUCCAGUCAUUAAUAAGGAGAACCUUGCAGAGAUUGCAGAUUUGGUGACAGCAGUAGGAUCUGAGGAGGACAAGAUUAAAGCAAUGAUGACACAGUCUACUAAAGACUUUGAUCCAGCCAAUUAUCAAAAGAAGCUGCCAACAGGAACACCAUCACCAUCCUAUAUAUGUUUUAAAUGUAACAAGCCUGGACAUUUCAUCCAUAAUUGUCCAAAUGCUGCUGCCAACACCGAAACAACUGGCUCUCCUAAAACAACAGAAGUAAAUGACAUUAGAAUGAAGAGACCAACAGGGAUUCCUCAUACUUUCCUUACUGUUGCCAAAAAAUCUGAACCUGGAGCUAUGUCACUUGGAGGGGGCAGAUUUGCUGUGCCUACUAUAGAUCAGGAAGCAUUUAAGAAAGGAAAGAAAGAGAGACCACCAUUUUUACCAGCUCUACCAGAAGAGAAGAGAGAAGAUGUGUCAGUACCUUCAGAACUAACAUGCUUAUUAUGUAAAGAUCUAUUAACAGAUGCUGUAGUUAUACCAUGUUGUGGAAAUAGUUACUGUGAUGAAUGUAUAAGAAAUCAUUUAGUAGAGGAUGAUGAUCACAAAUGUCCCACUUGCCAUGAGGAAAAUGUCUCGCCCGAUAAAUUAAUUAUCAACAAGUCAUUACGAGUCUCUGUAAAUAACUUCAAGAAUGAAACAUUGUAUCAGAAACGAGAGAAGCAAAAGUCUCCCUCACCCCCUCCACCACCCCCACCAAGGAUAACACCUUCAACCAGUACACCAAUGACAACAGAAGUUACUUCAUCUCCACUUAGGUUAGAUACAAGUAAAACAAUAGAUUUAACAGCCGACACUGAACCAGAAACACCUGUAUUAGAUGAGAAUAAAGCGAUAGAAGAAAUUGGAAAGGGUAUUGCUGUUUUGAGUGGAAGAAAGGCUGUUACUACAGACAAAGACCAGACUUCAACAUCAAACAGACCAGUAGAGUCCAAGUCUUCAGUCUCUGUAGAGAAUUAUGUUCCUCCAGUACAAGUACCUAUACCAUCCUUAGGAGCAUACAGACCAUCCAUGCCACCUGCAUCUCUACCAAACACUACUUUACCGCCCCCAGGAUACAGACCACCUUUGUUAUACCCUCCUAGUCUAGUCCCUCCACCACCAUAUGGUGUACCACCAGGAUUUAUACCACCUCAGGUGUCCAAACCUCUUUCAGAACAUGAAUUUUACAGAGAAAAGAAGAGGCUUUUAAAAAACAAUCCAUUAGAUGAUUACACAAGACCACCAAUAGAAAAAGAAACUAAAAUAAAAUCAAGGUCUAAAAGUCCAAAAUUCAAGAGGUCCAAGUCUCCGAGAUCUCGAUCAAGAUCGAAAACCCCUAAAGCAAGUUCAAGAGAUAAAAAGUCGUUCUCAAGAUCUCCACCACCAAAGAAACGUUCAUAUUCAAGAACCCCACCUCCAAAGAAACGUUCUUAUACCAAGAGUAGAUCCCGAUCACCAUACAGGAAGAAAAAGUCAUUUUCAAGAUCACGCUCACGAUCUUUAACACCAAGGAGAAGUAGAUCCCCAAGACCUAGAUCAUUGACCCCAAGACCAAGGUCAAGGUCAUGGACACCUAAAAAAUUCAGGGGUAGAUCAAGGUCAUACACAAGGUCAAGAACAAGAUCAAGAACUAGGUCACCAAGAUUUAGGAGGAGGACAUAUUCCAGGUCUCCCCCAUUAAGACGAAGAUCAUAUUCUAGAAGUCUUACACCUAGAAGAAGGUCAUUUUCCAGAAGUCCACCUAGGAGGAGAUCAAAGUCACCAUAUUUCCGUGGAAGAGGGAGAUCUCCUGGCUAUUAUGGAAGGGACUGGUCACCACCACCAUACAGAAAUUACAGGAGUCCACCGCCCAGAGGAUUUUCCCCUCAAAGAUAUGGUCCAACACCUUAUGGUUUCGGGGGAAGAGAUUUUCCUGCUAGGUUUGACCAGAGAAUUUAUGAGGAAAUAUUUCAAGAUUAUAUAGCUAGAUAUGGUCUACCUCCACCACCACCCCCACCUUCAGGACAGUUAGAAAGAGGCAUGUACUAUGAUUCACACAAAGGAGUAUAUAGAAGAGGAUCAAGAUCUAGGUCAAGGUCUCCUAGAGGAUCCAAGCGUGACAAGCCUAGGGAUCGUAAAGAUGAUAAAUAUUCUAAAGGUAGAGACAAAGAUAAGAAAACUGAUAAAUCAAGUAGGACAAAGAAUAAAAAAGAGGACGACAAAUCUAAAACUAAGAAGGAAAAUGAAAAAUCAAAAGGAAGAGACGACAAACCCAAGGAAAAGGUAAAAGAUAAAGAAAAGGAAAGCAAAUCCAAGGAAAACAAAUCCACAAAACCUGCUGAAAAGACAGAGGCAAAAACUGAAAAGCCAAAAGAGAUUGAAAAGAAAGGACCUGAAAAGAAAGUAGUGAAGAAAGUAGUUAAAUUAAAAGAUGGAACAAUAGUAAAGAAAGAAUCACUUGCACUUAGAUUAAAGACUAAGGGAACUGUUCCCAAAUCUCCUGUGAAAGCUGCUAAAGUUGUCACAGCUAAAGCAGUUGUUGGUGAAAGUGAUGAAAAAUCAACUACUAUAAAUAGAUCAGGAGCUCUCAAGACAAUUCAAACAACAGAGAAUAUUAGAAACUUACCUCAAAAGGAAGCAUUGCACUCAAAGAGAAGCAAUUCUAAUCUUAUACAAAUUAACACUCAGCAUGUUUUGCCGGAGGUGAAGAGUCCUGAAGUCAAAGAAGCACCUGAUGAGGAGGCUAAAUCAAAACCUAUUAAUGAAGUAAGCAAACUUGAACCUAUGGAAACUGAACAGUCAAAGACUGAGAAAGAAAACACAGAUUUGGAAAGUAAAGACAGUGCAAUGAAUGGAGAAGAAAGUGAUCAAACUAACAAAACAAUCGAUAAAAAGGAAGAUGUUCCAGUUAAACAAGUUACUCCUGUUAAAUCUCAAAAGAAGGUUAAGGUAGUGAAAAAAGUUAAAAAGGUUAAAAAACUUGUGGAUAUAGAGGCUUCACAAAGUGAUUCUGCUUCAGACUUAGAAAAAGUAAAAACGAAAAAGAAAAAACGUGUUCAGGAGAUAAAUGAAAAUAAUGAGAACUCUGAAGAUGAAAGUCCAGCUAAAAGAAUAAAACAUGAUGCUGAAGUAGAAAUGGAAAUAAAGAAAAAUAUUUCUAAAGGUGAAGAUCAGCUGAUGUUGUCUCCCCCUGAAUUGUCAAAAUGGGAAAGGGAAGAUUACAAUGAAGACAAAUCACCUGAUCUCAGGGACAAACUUAAAAAGAAAACCGAGAGGAAACCUUUGCCAAGAUCCAUAAUUGAAAGUGCAGAGAAAGCUAUAACUCAGAAACAACCGAAGCCAGCUACAGUUGCUUCUGCUGUGGUGCCUGCACACCCUCAAAAGAAACUCUCAGUCCAUGACCGAUUACAGAAAUCACCUGUUAGACAGAACGAUGAAAGACAUCGUAAGUCUCCUGUUUCCAGUGAUCAUAAUAAAAAAUCCCCUGGCCGACAACAGAGAAGAGUUUACAUGGAUGAUAACCAGAAACAGAAUCAUAAAGAUGAAGAUGAUAGUCGAAGAGUACACAGUCGUGAAAAUUCCAUGCAGAUUACAGUCUCUUCUGAUAAAAAUGAAAAAGAGGCUGAAAGAAUUCACAGGAGAGUAUCAGAAAGUGAAAAGGUAGAUAAACGUAGAGUCUCAGAAAGUGAAAAGUCAGAUAAGCGUAAAGUAGUGGGCAGUGAAAAAAAUAAAGUUGAUGCCGUUGAAAAAUCAGAGAAAAUAGACAAGCAAAAAUCAUCUAGGAGGAAUGAAUCUCCAGAAAAAGAAAGCAGACAAAAAGUUUCAACUAAAGUUAAACAGACAAUUGUAAAGAGUGUGAAAGAGAAGAAAAAGGAAAGUAAAGAUAUUGAGAAAGUGAAAGAAACUGAUCAGGUUGAAGGUGAGAAAUCAAAACUGGAGAAAGUGAAUGGACAGGAAGAAAAUACAAAAGCAGAAAAUGAAAUUCAGAUUAAAAAGAAAAAGUAUGAGAGAAAAGAGUCUGUGAUUGAUGAAUCAGCCUUUGUACCCGAUUAUAAUGAACACAGUGACUCAGAUGCUGAAUCUGAUGGUGAUGCAUCAAGCAUGGAGGAGGAAAAAAGUGAUAAGGAAGAAAAGAAACAGAAAAAACACAAGAAGGAAAAAAAACAUAAAAAGAACAAAAAACAUAAACAUAAACAUAAAAAGAAGAAACAUAAGAAAAAUAAAGAGGAAAAGGAAACUGUUAGUAAAGUUGAAUGAAAGUUCAUACCCAUCAAUGGUGCUAUUGUCAAGAAGAAUGUGAUAGCAAACAUACUUUUAGUGCUAAAUUGUUGACAUUUUUUAAGUAUAUGACUUACUAAGAAUCGGUUACAUUUUGAAAUUUAAGUACUUAAAUGUGUAAGGACCAGACAGGAAUUGAAAAUGAUAUUAAUCAGAUGCCUACGAAAUUUCUUUCCUGUAUAUAAGGUUCCUUAACAAAGGAUUGGGAUACAAAAAUUAUAGGAGCUCUUAUUUAUAGGUCCAAAGUAGUAUUCUCAUGUGGGGAACCCCCUCGUGUGUUAUUUAAAGGGAUGUGAGUGAGUAUUGUAUAAUUGAUUUGAGAGAGCUUAACAAGAUUUGUAUGAAAUGUGCAUGGACAGUUUAGUCAGUAUAAUUCUAAAUUGGUAAAAUGAUGGAUGCUGUAUAAAAUUUGUUUCUAAUAAAAGAAAGGUUGACAGUUUGUCUACCUGAAGAUAUCCAAGUAAUCUUGUUUUAUCCUAAGAUGAUAUUUUAACAUGAUUGCAGUUGUAGAUUGAGAGUUAUUUUAAUGAUGGGUUCUCAUCUUUCAGUUGUUUUUGCUUUUGGUUUGUUUAUAUAUUAACCAGUUAUGGUUUCUUUAUAGAAAAUAGUAUAUAUAAAACAUCUUUGAAUAGGCUAGUUAUUCUGAUAAGUAUGUGUCUAUAAAGUUUUCACUGAUCAGGUUAGACAUAUGUUGUACAUGUACAUUAUAUAGGAUCUGGUUGCUUUGUUAAGGUCAGUAUUGGUCACUUAUGAUUAUAAGUGAAAUUGUUUUGUUUAUUAAAAGAUGGAUUUCAUUGAACAGCAAAAAGGGUUGCAAUGUUUUCUUUUCAUUUCAAUAUUUAUUCCUCCAAAAACAUGUGCUUGUCAGCUUAAUCUAAUGGCAUUGAUUCCUAUUUUAUGGUACAUUUCCUGUUUUGUGGUGCAUUAUGGGAGUGAAUGCUUUGUUAUUUUCUUGUAUAUAAGUGAUGUUGAUGUAAAUAUUGUUUGAUUUAUUUAUAUAAUAAUGAAUCAUUCAUUCGUGUAAAAAAACAACAACAUUUGUAUGUAUUGUAAAAAGGUAAAGUGAUUUAUUUAAAUUGAAUUAUUGUGUAAAUAUUGGGAUAAAGAAAAAUAGGUGAACCUUUAUUAUCAAUAUUUUUUUUUAAGCUUUCGGAUAUAAGAUGGUUUUAUAAACAAUGCUAUUCUAUUUCUGUGAAAAUGAAAAUGCUGAUCUUUAAUCAGAUAAAUAACUUGUUCUUUUAAAGUAGUGUAAGCUAUUAAACAGAUUUCGGUAACAUUUUUAUAUACUUUUUGAGAAAAUAUAUUUGAUGUUAUGAAUGUAGAAUUUAAAUAUAAUUUUCAAAACUAGGAAUUCUCACGAUUGAUAAUCCUAGAUUUGGUAUAAAUUGAUAUAAUUUGUAUGGUAAACCUUUUUUGAUAGAAAUUUUGUAUAUAUAUAUGUAAAUACAAAUGAAUUUGUACAGAAUGUAUAUUUAAAACUUCAUAUGAUGAAGUUAAUUAAUGUAAAGUACAUGUUUUGGUGAACAUUUGGUAAAUCUAUUUAAUCAUGAGUUUCAUGUCAAGUGCACAUAUUAAAUAUAACAGUAAGUGAUCAUUGGGUACCUCUUUUAUCAUGUUUUUGAAAGUUGUAAAUACUCAUUGCAAAGGUAUACAGUUGUAAAACUUCCAAGUUAAAAUCAUGGUAUUACAAAAUCAUAAAUUAGCAAGGGUUUCUUUAAGGGCAUUAAGACUUGUGUUUUUAGUGGGUUUUUUUUUAAGCCAUAAAUUUCAGUGAUGUGUUGCAAAUAUUUACUCAACUGUUUCUGCAGAACCUUAGAAUUAUUUCUGAGGAAGAGAUUGUUAGAGUAAUUCUACUCACAGAAUCCUGGUUUUUUGAAUCAUUAAACUUUUUUUAUAAUUCCUGUACAUUUUCAGCAGUAGGACAUAGAAAUCAGGAGAUAAACCCAAUAACUUUUUAUAAUGGGAUCAAUGCAUCUUUCAUUCUAGCUGAAUACGAGGCCUUGGUUCUUAAUCAUGUAAUGGCUUUAAUUUUCAUCGUGAAUCUUUAGAUACAUGUACUGUGAAUUCAUUUAUUUUCAUUAAUACCUAUUUUUGUGGAUUAAGUAAAAUUGUAUUUUCAUCAAUAUUUGAUUUUGUGGUUUUGCCAAAGUCUGCAUACAAGCCUAUAGAAUUAUUGUAUUUUGUUGAAAAUAUAAAUAUGUGGUUCAUCCUUCACCCACGAAAUCUCAAAUAUUGGUACCCAACGAAUAAAAAUGAAUCCACAGUAUGUCAAUACAUAAAAUCAUUUUUUUUUUCAUUUUACGUAUGAAUAUAUGUCUAAUUGGUUUAUUAAAUUAUAAGGGUAAUGAUUAUUCAGUAUUGAAAUAUUAUUUUUUGAAAUUUUCUCUCCAUUUUCAUUUAUAAUUGAUAUGAAUAAAAGAGAAUGUUUAUGAAUAAGUUGUUGCAAUAACUUGAUACAGGUUAUAUAACUUUGUCAUUGAUUGUGUUCAUAUUUUAUGCAGUGGUGAACUGUCAAUAAAAAUGAAAAAGAAAA